AUGUGGCUCAGCGUGGAGAUGUGGGAGGAAAAGGGAGCCCACGGCCUGGGUCCUGGGAAGGGGCAGGCGAGGCGAGGCUGAGGGAGUGGGGAAGGGGGGAGCGUCAGCCCACGUGCUAGUGGGGGACAGGGGAACAAUGGAGCCUUUGGUGAUUGUGCAGGAUCCUUCCCCCCCCCUACCCCGCCCCCAGCUUCCCAGCGUGUCCCCUCUGCGGGCUGGAUCCGGGUGGCGGCUUGGGGGCGGGGCGGGGGGCCCUGAAUGGGCCCCUUGUCUCAAUGCUGGGUGUGGGCCAGGCUCCCCGGGCACACUAUGCCCUCGCCAGGCCUGGCCAGCCUCUGUGGCCUCCACCCCCAGCUGGCUGACGCUGGGGCCCUGCGGGUGAGCAGGCCCCUCCCUGACAGCCUCAGCUCCCGUCCCAGGCGGAAGAGGCAGGGGAGAAGGACCCAUCUAGUGGGGAAGUGAGGAAGCAGCAGCCGCCACUUGGGACCGAGAGAGCGGUCACCGAGAGCGGGAUCCUGGGGGCUGACUUGGGGUUUGGACUCCCCACCCUGUGGCUCCCUAGAUUUACGGCUUCGGCAGGCUCUCCUGGUUUUCCCGAGUCUCAGCUUCCUCCUGGGUGAAAUGGCCCUGACAAGAAUACCUACCUGAAGGGCAGCUGGGAGGGGUUACAUGACAUCAUACAUGGGAAAUGCCCAAGGAGCACCAGGUGUUCAUGUUUUCUUCUGGAAACACAAAUCUAAGUCAGUCAUCAUGGAUCAUACUGACUCCAAGAAAAAUGAGUUGAAGGCAGAGAAGGCUUUCAAGGUGUCUGAGACUUUCAAGUUGGUUGAGCCCCCCAAGGAGGCUAAGAUCUCCAAGAUGGAUGUGUCCCACAAGGUGGCUGACCCCUGCCUGUUAGCCAAGACCACUAUGGAUGGGGCUGCGGUGGAGGCGGGUCGCCAUCGGAGAUCACUGUUGCAGCUGCCCCAGGCGGCCAUCAAGUCCGUCUCCAUGCUCAUGGCCUCCGCCCUGCAGUCUGGCUGGCACAUGUGCAGCUGGAAGUCAUCUGUGAGUUCUACCUCAGUUGCCUCCCAAAUGAAGACCGGGUCCCCCCUGGAGUCUCGAGAGGCUGCGAUGCUGCGGGAAGUGUACCUGGUGCUCUGGGCCAUCCGGAAACAGCUGCGGCAGCUGGCCCGCCGGCAGGAGAGACGGCGCCGGCGCCACCUCCGGGCCCACAUGGGCCCCCAGCCCGACCCAGCCCAGGGUCUGAAACAGGAUGCCCGGAGUCCCCUCUAGGGGGGAACCCCACAUCCUCAGAAAGCCCCCACCUCACUCUUAGGUAAGGUUGAUGGGAGAAGUUAGAGCAGCAGGCCAGGGGUUGUGGGUGAGGAGAAGUUGUCACACUGUCACCUCUCAUCGAGACCUGGAGGCCUGGCCGGGGGGUCCCACAUACACUCCUCUCCAUUCCUUUUAUUCAAUUUGUAAAAAGAAUUAUCAAAAUGUUGGGAAAUAAUAUCAGAUAUUUCCGAGU